UCACAAAUAGCAGCCAAACAGUAAGUAAUAACCGUAACAACUCAUAGAAAUGGACGACAUGGCUUCUACGGUGAAGAAUGAGAAUGAGAACAAGAAAAAUAAACGCUCAGACAACUUGGCAACUAUACCAUGUAAAGCUAGUCCAUUCUACAAUAAACCAACCCAAUCUUACAAAGUGUUGAGUCAAGAUGAAAUCGUGCAAAAUGUCGUCGAAUUUGUUGAAGACGUUAACGGAAUUGUUCAGCUCAAUCCAACAAUUACUCGCAUCCUAUUAAAUCACUGCAAAUGGGACAAAGCCAUCAUGACAGAGAGAUUAUUCGAGAAUCCGGAAAAGCUGUACCGAGAUGCCCAUGUAAGCAGUCCUGACAGUGUAAAUGCUAGAGUUCCGUCCGAUAACAAGGAGUGCGGUAUUUGCUAUGCUGAAAUGACGCCGAGUUCGUCAACAGAAGUCACCUGCGGUCAUAAAUUUUGUACGCCAUGUUGCUCGGCAUAUUUAACGGAGAAAAUUCUGCGCGAAGGUUCCAUUUCGAUUGCAUGCGCUGCAAACGAUUGUAAUGCGAUUAUCGACGACGACAUAGUGUUUCAACUAGUUGACAGGAAUGAAGAGGCAAAAUUGCAAUAUCAGCUCUUGAUAACGAACAGUUUUGUUAAGCAAAACGAAUUGAUGCGUUGGUGCCCUGCCCCCUACGGAUGUUCGUUUGCCAUCAAAGUCAAUCACGCUCCUGCUAAGCCAAUCUGCUGCUAUUGCAAAUGUGGCUAUGAGUUUUGCUUUGACUGCACCGAGGAAUACCACGCACCCGUCCCCUGUCAUAGACUGAAGCAAUUCAGAACGUACCAGGAAGACGGACAGCUGCAUGAUUACAGUGGCCCAAUCAAGGACUGCCCGAAUCCUAGUUGCGAUAUCAGAAUUACAAAAAGUUCGGGUUCUGAUGUGAUGAAAUGCGAAAAUUGUGAGACGAUUUUUUGCUGGAAAUGUUUGAAUCGCUUCAAAAUGAAAAGCAAUGCUUAUAAUCAUAUUAUGCUGGGCUGUAGAAACAAUGUUGAACAGGAACCGCUAGAAAACAUUCAGGAAGUCACUCCAAAUGUUCCUAUGAUAUCGACCCAGUCAGUCACAAAUUCACCCAACAAUGAUGAAAGCUGGUUGUCGAAUAAAGCAGGAAGUGCAGAAGGACCGAGUAGAAGUAUUGGAAGUAACAAUCCAGGAAGCAGGUUGCACGAACCGGCAGGAAUGAAUGUUGCACCGAGCUACAUGAAGUACAUUAGCGUGGACCGAAAAUUUGCAGAAGUCAGGCAAUCCGCUGAAUCCACAAGCUCUUCCAGACAAUGUCCUGCGAAGUCGAGAGACGAUAUGGCAGUUUUUGAACCAGCGUCGCUGGAAUUAGUACGAACCUGCCGAACAUUAAAAUAUUUCGCCAUAUUUGACAUGUAUGCCAACGAUGUGACCCAAUCCGAGCUGCUAAAAGUUCUAGCUAGCGAUUUAGAGUUAGCCGCUGUCAGGCUGGGAAAGUCAAUUGACUUUAAUGGUAAUAAGGAUGAGUACACGGAUGUCACCAUAUCGGAAUCGGUCACACCAGUGUGGAUAGAAUGUCAGCUCAGGCGCCUAGCUCUGCUCGAUUAUGUUGACGAUGGAUUCAAUAACGAUUGGUGGACGUUUCGAGACAAUCCUAAACUGGAAUAAUUCCAUUGCAUCUUCUGCUAUUUUGAUUUUUGGACGAAGCAACUUAAUGGGAUCUCAAGUCGAAUGAGACAGAGAUACAAAUCUUUUGCUGAUGUGAAUGCUAUACUAGGCUAGAUACAAAAUUCGAUUGCAAUAAAAAUAUUUUACU